AUGGUAGAGCCAGCCUCAAUAGUCGAGACGACCAGACUUCCCACCCUCCCAACUAGACCUCCUACGCCCCCACGAUCCAACAACGAAGGGAAAGCCAACUUCCUCAGCCGUAUUUUCUACGGUGAAUCCAGACGAUCAUCUGCUCCAGCGUCCACCUCGAAUAUCACCCCCGAAUCCUCCGUAGAAGCCGAGUCCUCCUCUUCAUCUGCCAUUGCCCGCAAGAAGGUUGGCUUCUCCGACUUGGCCGAGUACAAAGAUCCUCCCAGAAUAUCUCUCGACGGCAAAUCCGCCCUACUACAGCAGCCCCUCCAACCACUUCCCCCUUCCGCCGAACGAAAGCCUACAAAGUCCAUCCUUAAAGCAUACAAUGGGCUGCUCGAACAGGAGUACAACAGCCUAGGCAGCGGCACAAAACUUCUCCCUCCACAUCAACACAGCAGCUUCGCUGCCAUGCUCGAAUCCAUUGUGCAGCAGUUGGCUGGGAAGGAUAGGGAUUCUAAGCAGGAUGCAUACAUUAUGCUCUCAGGCGCUCUGAAAGCCUCGGAAAACGUCCCAGACCGCAAAGCAUUGAACUCCAAGAUGGGCCUGCUGCUACAGUUCAUUACGCGGGACUUGACAGAGAAGACUGAAGCUGGGAAACAGGAUAAUCCACUCGUUAUAAACGCACUUGUCCUCUUGUCCAGCUUCCUCCAGAAACCAAGCAUCACCGAAGCUUUCACUUCGGAAUUCCCCGUCGCCUUUGUCGACCAUGCCAUUAGGACCUUCGAGGACCCCCAGAUGUCCAAAGAGAUUGUCAAGCAUCUCAUGUUCGCCAUUGCCCAGCAGAAUUUCGGUGUCAAAGUCAUGAGCUCGGAGCGAGUUGGAAGGCUUAUCACCGUUGUAAACGAGAUUGAGAUGUACGUUAAAGGGAAAAGCAUCGUUAUGGGACGGAUGAACAUCUACCGUACAUUGCUCCGGCAGUCAAGAUCACAAAUGUUGAAUCAUACUGUAUGGAUUGAGAAGGUUUUUACGGACAUGCUGAGCAGCAAUAAGGACAUUCGGGCAUCAGCUAUUGAGUUUGGGUUGGAGUCCUCGUAUACACUGGGUUUGGAGAGCAAGGCGUCUCGCUCGGCUUUAAACCUCUUCAAUCUCGAACAAGACGACGGGAGCAAAUACGCAGAUUUCUACUGUGCUCACCUGAAAACGAUGGUGGAAAAAAAGCAGGACAGUGCAUGCGUGCCACGCAUAUGGAGUGUCAUGAUACUGUUUCUUCGGGGGAAGAACCUCGAGCAGUCACCCUUUCUAAAACUGUUCUUGACCGUUAUCCAGGCAUGCUUCAAUACCAGUGACCGUCCAACGAAGAUCGAAGCAAAUUACGCGUGGAAUCGACUUGUGUACGCCACCCGACCAGGUGAGAAGACUAAAAACUCCAAAGAUACCCUUGCAAAGCUACGAAGAGAUCCGCUCGUCGCCCAACUUAAAUCACGGAGAUCCUCAUCUUCUGAACGGAAAGCAGCCCUCGGGAGUGUAUGCAACUUACUCUAUUAUACGCUCAACCCGUCGUCGACACCACCCGAUCUUGACUUCUACUGGGAUGAAUACGUCGUCAAUAUCAUCGGUCAAUGCUUGACCCCCGCCAGCAUCACAGAGAAACCAGACCAGGCUCAGAGAGAUCUAACAGAUGCGUGCCUUAUUCUAACAAGCCUCUUCAACUCCACGAUCCAGAGACCUUGGAACGAGAACCGCGCGAUGGCAGGCUUUGAGCAGAAUAGCGCAGAAGCAAAAGAGCUCCCGGCUCUUGAUUCAAAAUGGCUGAGGAGGAGUUCUUCUCGGAUAUUUCCCGUUCUGUCCCCCCUCCUUCAGAAACUCUACUGGGACCUUGGUGAAGACACCCAAAUCGCCAAUCUCUUUCAAGCCUACAUCACAUCCAUUGCAUCCCCAGCCGCUAUGGAAAUUAAAGUCUCCACCGACACCCUGGCAUCUCUGGCGUCCAUCUUCGACUUCCUAUAUAGAGUAUGGAACGCUGGGCCAAAGUCUUUGGCCGUUGCACCGUGGUCUAAGAGCUCUUCUAAUUCCGACUUCUUAAGAAGUUUUGAAAAGGUCCUCUUGAUGUCCAUUCAGGGACUCGGGCUUCUCCCUUUUACCGACAGGCAGCUAUGCAUCGGGAAGGACGUAUUCCUUCCUGUUGCUACCCCAUCACAUCGUCCUGCGAAAGUAGAAGGAGAGACGAGAUCUCCGUUUCAUCAUAUUGUCUGCUUGAUGGCAACUGUAUCUCCGGGGUUGGAGUACGAUGGACGCUUUUCUCAGAUGGUCCGAUCUAUUCUUUCGCCAUUCUUCGAAGACAAGAAGUCCGGUAAAGCACGUAUUAAUCUUGCGAAAGACCUUUUGCAGUUUCUUCCAUCGGAGAGCACUCAACCAUGUAAGAUGAUUUGGAGAGUCCUUGCAGGUUUCGCCACGACCGCUACAGACACGAGGGAAGACAGCAUAGGGAGCAAUGAUCACCCGAUUGGCGUUGAUUAUCGCAGUGUGGUGAGAAUUCUAGAAGCAGGCGUGAACUUGUCGCUUUGUGAACCACUCCCUGGCUGGAAUACUCUGUUUGAAGCUCUUGUGUCCUCUGCCACACUUGAUGCUGGGCAUGCGGGCAAAGCGAUCGCCGUUAUUGAGCCCCUUGCCAAAUUCUUCAUUCCUCAAACCCCCAAGAUUGCAGAGAGAUCAUAUUCUGAAGGCUUGUUGUAUUUCCAUCUCGUAAUAAGCAGAGCAACUUAUCCCAAGGACAGGCAAGCACUAGAUGCUGCACGAAAGAAGUUAUGGGGAUCAGCUAAUGCGGGACCAAAACUUGCAACAUUUGACCCUUACGUCCAGCUUUACGAAUAUGUCCGCUUAACUCUCGAAAGUAUAUAUGGGUCAUUUUCAAAACGACGUCUUCACGAUUACACGACCACGCUUUCAUCCACAAGAGAGUUACUAGGUCGUUGUCCUGAAGACUUGUCUUUUGGAAUGCUCAUGAAGGUGCAAGAGGGGUUAUCGAAAUGGGUUCUCGAUCCUGAUGGCCACCUUCUGGGCGGCACCGACUUGUCAAAAGAGGUCUCCGCCCUUUGGCUCCUUGUUUGUUCUCGGAUAGCGACUAUUGUAGAUUCUUAUGACCCUUCGAAAGUUCUGGCCGCCUUUACACCAUUGGUCUGUUCUGGCUUGGAGAGUAAGCACAAGGCGAUUACUAGCCAGGCGAUUCGAAUGUGGAAUUCAACCUUUGGUUUAUCAAAGCAAACCCUGGAAUACCCCAACCGUACCAAGGAUGCCCUAGAGCGACUACGUCCAUUGGCCGACCUUCAAUUGCCAUUCUUCCCCGACAGCCUUGAGAGCCAAGCCGUUAGCGAACACCGCCAACCCAUUGAUUUUGCAGAGAGUCAAGAAGAUUCCGCUUUCUUGCCAACCACAAGUAUGGAGUCUGUAAUGAAGAAACAUCGUACUCCGCUGCCCGGAUCAGCCAGACUACACAAUACCACACCACAGGUGAUAAUUACAGUCCCAUCAUCGGCAUCUCGCAAGCGGGCUCGGGAAGGAACGCUUCAGAUGGGAAAAAGAAAGUCGCGAAAGCAAGACAUUACACCCAAAUUGCGCCAUAUGGAUUCGCAAAUUCGCUUCGAAGCCGUCGCCUCUUCGCCCGUCCCUGGACCAGUUGAGGAGUCCCAAGUAUUAACCGAGAGGCAAAAGGAGAUGAAAGAGCGACAACAAGCUGAAGCUGCGAUGUUCCCCGAUCUUCGAUCAAGCCCGAGACCAAAGGGAAAAGAAGUUGCUCGGGACGAGAAUGCAGAGCCAGAGCUGCCCCUGCAUCGCUCCUCUUCUAGGUCGCGCACUAGGUCACCACUGCGUACCAAGCAGGCCGAGCGACAGACCACACCAACUCCCAUCCCCGCGAGCGAAGAUGAUAAUUUCAUAGUGUCUUCACCUACACCUAAACGGAACAGUCAACCUCAUUUUGACCCCUCGGCAGUCUCCUCUUCGCCACCUGAGUCUGUCAUCAAAAAACAACCAGUGAUCGCUGCCCCCGAACCCGAAGUCCCUUCGUCUCCCCCGGAGAUACUAGAAGAGCCCGGUUUUGAACUGACGACUUCUGUCGAGUACCCCUCAGCCCAGAUCGACCCAUACGCCAUUGAAAUCGACCGAACCGUCUCAACAUUUGAAAGCACUCCUGGUCAAAAGCACCAUGUUUUUAUUGAUGGCGCUGCGUCUCAAUUGGAAACGUCGACAGAUCGUCAAUCCUCAGUGGAAGUCGGCGUAGAUGUUCCACUUACUUCUGAGAGCAUUGAUGAACCACAACCCAACCUACAAUUGACGCCUGUCGCACGCAAGACCUACUCGUUGGGAGAGGAGCCACCAGCAUCCUCUCCUGUGAGUGUCGAGAUGGCCGGAGAACAUUAUGUGGCUCAUAAGGAUCCAUCCCAGCAAACAGAAGUUGAGCCACCUUCGACUCCGUCCCGAGCCACUCGAUCUCAAGAGUCCAAACCCAAUGACGAGCAAACCAGCUCGCCUGUUCAAUAUGUUGAUGCCUUAAGCAGCCCCGCCUCGUCCGAAAAACACACUGGGAACGAAGAAAUCUUCCAGGAUGCUGUUUCUUCUCCUCGCUUGAUGAUUGGUGCGACUCAUAAGAAAUCUACCUCGUCACCAAUGAGUGACAUGGAUGAGUCAAGUGUAAUGCGGAUGAUGGAAGAUUAUGAUGAAGGGUCCGGUUGCUCACUUGCUAGCCCUGGCCAACACCGACAAACACGGGCAUCUUUGAAGAAACUGCCUCCACCAUCAAUCACAAUAGCUUCUGUAACUACAUCUUCACCGGGGUCUAUGCGCAAGGCCGCACUAAUCAACGCGACGACUAUUCAGACAGGUCAAACUCCCGGAAUACCAAACAAGCAAAUCAGUCUAAACGAGGAAAGUCCGCAAUCAUCGUUGCCCUCUUUGAUUCCGGAAACACCAGCGCCAAAAGUUGCAAAUACUUCAAACAAGAUCAUAGCUGGGGGAGAGGAGUUUGAUCCCGAAGAUACGAUUGUUGUAGACGCUUCAGCAUUAGAAGAUUAUUGGAAUAAGAUGCGCUUCGUCAAACCGAAAGGCAGGAGAUCCUCCGCUGGAAGAAAGCGAAAACAUGCGGAAAGCUCGCAGGAAUCAGAGGUCCCCGAUAGCCAAGAAGAUAAAGCUCUUGCCUCGCCAGCGAAGAAGUCGCGGGGACGGCAAAAGAAGUCUUCUCGAUCUCAGACAUCUCAGCUUUCCCAGGAGAUUGAAGCUUCGCCAAUCCAUGACGCUAACCACAGUUUUGCGUCUGUGGAUCUUGACUCAUUUGUGCAAGCCAGUUUGUUGUAUGACUCCAACCACGAGCCCGAAGCAAACGUGACAGGGGCUAUUAAACCUGGUGCGACGGACGAGGCACCAGAGAAGGGACACAAAGUCCCAGGAACUGAUCAGUUGUCAACAGCUGCUGAGAAUUCAAAGUCUUCACUAGAGGAAGUGAUGCCGUCUGACAAUCAUUCCAACCUGGACAGUCCUGCUUCAUUGGACGUCGAGAUGAUAGAAGAGACAACGAUUUAUGAUCGUGUCGUGAUGGAUACUUCGAAUUCGACUCCAGCCCAGUCGAGAAUUGUCCCGGAGACCUCCAACGAUGAAGUCCCAACUAUGGAUCCAACCUCGACGAGCUCACAGGCUGCGCCUUCGUAUGAACAGCCGCGCGCUCCUUCACCGACGGUUCUUGGGCUGCAUAUAUCGUCAGCUGCAAUCGAAAAUGCUGACAGUUCAGCGCCAUCACCCAACACGUCUUCUUCAGAGUCUCGUGAACAACAUGAUGAGCAAGUUAUCGGCAUCUCCAUCUUCCAGAACGUCAAGAAUACUUUGGACAGCCUCAUCACUCGUCUGGGGACUGCUGCUUUCUCUAAAAGCCAAAUUUCGGAGAUUGAGGACAAACUUAGUGAUACAAAAGAACAAUUGUAUGGCGCUGCAAGGAGAGGGCGUCAGGGAGGAACAUAA